UGCCGCCGUCCGUCCCUCCCGGUGUUCCCGUGGCACCUCCCACCACGGCCCCGCAGGAACAGCCCCCUCCCCGUUCCCCCGUGCCACCCCCGGGUGCCUCCUCCCCCUCUGCAGCCCAGGGGUGCGCCCCAUGGGGGGCCCGUGUGUGCCCCCAGCCCCACUGCACUGGGGGUUCCCACCGAGGGACAGCCCCGGGGGGCUCCUGGACCCCACCUGCUGUGCUGGGUCCCCCGUAGGGCGCCCCCAGACCCCCCCGGGCUGGCAGCUCCGCAGAGCCCGUUCAGCUCUCCUGGCCAAGGUCACUGACGCAACAGGGAGGGCUCCCAGCAGGCACCUGGGGGAGCCGCCAGUGCAGUUGCAGCCAUGGCACCCGGCAGCUUCACCCUCCUCCUCCUCCUCCUGCUGCUGCUGGACGUGCUGACCUUCCCGGGGCACGGACACGGCCUCCAGCGGCACAAGCGGGACUGGAUCAUCCCCCCCAUCUACUGCCCUGAGAACGAGCGGGGGCCCUUCCCCAAGAAGCUGGUGCAGAUCAAAUCCAACAAGGACAAGGAGACCAAGGUUUUCUACAGCAUCACGGGGCAGGGGGCGGACACCAUCCCCGUGGGUGUGUUCAUCAUCGAGCGGGAGACGGGGUGGCUGGAGGUGACAAAACCCCUGGACCGCGAGGAGAAGGACAAAUACCAGCUCUUCUCCCACGCCGUGUCGGCCAACGGGCAGCCCGUGGAAGACCCCAUGGAGAUCAUCAUCACCGUCACUGACCAGAACGACAACCGGCCCGUCUUCACCCAGGCAGUUUUCCACGGUUCUGUGCAGGAGGGAGCUGAGCCAGGCACAUCGGUGCUGAGGGUGCUGGCCACCGACGCAGAUGACGCUGUGAACUCCAGCAAUGGCGUUGUGAGCUAUUCCAUCCUGAGCCAGGUGCCGGACAAGCCCCAGCCUGGGAUGUUCACCAUCAACAGCCGCUCUGGGCUGCUCUCUGUGGCCCUGCCAGGGCUGGUGGCAGAGGUGGUCCCUGAAUACACCCUGGAGAUCCAGGCUGCUGACCAGGAGGGACGUGGGCUGCGAGCCACAGCCACCGCCCGCGUCAGGGUGCAGGCUGACGGCAUGUCUGAGGUGGGAAAGGGCACCCUGACCACCCAUGUGCUGAACACGGCCACGGGGCUGCCGGCAGCCGGCCUUGGCGUCCGCCUGGCCCAGCUGCAGGAGCCAGGGCUGCAGUGGAUGGAGCUGGCACACAGGCACACGGAUGCAGAUGGGCGCUGCCAGCCCUUCCUGGCACAGGGACAGGCCAAGGCUGGCACCUACAAGCUGCACUUUGAGACAGCUGAGUACUGGCAGGGACUGGGGCACACCAGCUUCUACCCCUUCGUGGAGGUCGUUUUCAUCAUCACUGACCCGGCACAGAAGCUCCACGUCCCACUGCUGAUCAGCCCCUACUCCUACACAACCUACAGGGGCAGCUAGAGGGGCACAGCCUUCCCCUGGGGACGCAGGAAUGAUGCCACAAGGCCAUUAAAAACUCCAAACAGCACCGUUUGUCUCA